AUGGCGCCUUCGUCCACGAAGGAGCGCUCUUCGCUGCUGAAGGGCUCCAGCGCGGACAGUCCGCUGACAAUCUCUCCGUUCGACUCCACUGCAGACAACUCAUCCGUUGAGUGCGAUACAUCUCGAACAAGCGUUUCCACUACACCUGCAGCUGCGAGCGGCCGCAAAGCCAAGGCUGCGGUUGCCGGUCCCUCAAACGCUGCAAAUAGGCGCUCGAGGUCUAGCAGACUGGCAGCCGUUGUCAUCGAUAGCGACGUCGAGAUGUUAGAUACAGCUGGGGAUGCUGAACUGGCCAAGGCCUUGCAAGAGGAGGAAUACGGAACAGUCCCAUCGCCGCCUCCUACAGCUGGGCCAAGCUCGAAAUCCCGCAAAACCCGAAAACACAUUGACCUGGCUUCGGACGACGAUGAUACCCUCUCAGUAUUAUCAAUAGCUUCGAGCGAAUCUUUCGAACCUCCGGCGCGAAAACGUGCCAAGCUGACCGGUUCACGUAGAGCCACCAUGGAUCUUAACGACAUCCUCUCCGACAAAGACUCCAUUUUCGACAGUGACGAUGACUUCACCUUUGCUAAGAGAGUUUCUCGUCUCGUGGCAGCGGACCAAGAUGAGACUGACGAGGAUUCUGAAGAUGAAGACUCUGAAGAAGAUGUUCCGUUGAUGUCCAUUAGUCAGGGUAAGCGGCCCGCUGUGAAGGGCCGCUUUCGAAGGACGAACACGCGCUUGGGUAAAUUGCCCCAUGCCGUGCAGCUCCGGAUCGCGGCGGCCAACGACAGAGGUGAAAGGAGGAGGAUACGCGAUCGCGGCUACUUGGAAAUGGCUCAUCCCGAAAUCACGAACAUGUGGGAAACUCUCGAAACCAUCCCAAUCAUUAAACCUGAGCAGGCCCAGCAACCAGCAGCCAUUACGCGGAAACUGAAGUCGUUUCAACUGGAAGGCCUCGACUGGAUGACAAAGCAGGAGAAGACUCAGUACAAGGGCGGCCUGCUUGGUGACGAGAUGGGCAUGGGAAAGACCAUCCAAGCGGUCUCAUUGAUCAUGUCUGACUACCCUGCCAAGGACCCCACUUUGGUGGUAGUCCCUCCCGUCGCGCUCAUGCAAUGGUCGAACGAGAUUGGGGAGUAUACCAACGGGAAGCUCAAGGUCCUAGUUUAUCACGGUACGAACGCGAAGUGCAAGAAGAUGACCACCAAGGAGCUGCGGAAGUUCGAUGUUAUCAUGAUAUCCUACAACAGCCUGGAGUCGCUGUACCGGAAGGAGACCAAGGGCUGGUCUCGUGGCGAAAACAUCGUAAAGGAGGAUUCGCCUAUCCACGCCAUCACCUUUCAUCGACUGAUCCUGGACGAAGCGCAUAGCAUCAAGUCACGGACGACUGGCGUGGCAAAGGCCUGCUUUGCUCUGAAAGGAAAGUUCAAGUGGUGCUUGUCGGGAACACCAGUGCAGAACCGUAUCGGCGAGUUCUUCUCGCUCCUUCGAUUUCUCGAGGUUCGACCGUUCGCCGACUACUUCUGCCGACGAUGUAACUGUGCUCAGCUGCACUGGUCCUUGAAUGCGGACUACAUGUGUUCGCACUGCAACCACAGCGGUGCGGAGCAUGUCUCGGUCUUCAAUCAAGAGCUGCUCAAUCCUAUAACUGGCGACAAUCAGCUGAAGCGCAGCGAAGCGCUUGACAAACUGCAUAUGAUCACGGCACGCAUCAUGCUACGUCGGAUGAAGCGCGAUCACACGUCCUCUAUGGAGCUUCCACCGAAGGAGGUCAUUAUUCACAACGAGUUCUUUGGCGAGAUUGAGCGAGAUUUCUCAUCCAGCAUCAUGUCGAACACCACGCGCCAGUUUGAUACCUACGUGUCUCGCGGUGUGAUGCUCAACAAUUACGCCAACAUCUUCGGUCUGAUCAUGCAGAUGAGGCAGGUGGCGGAUCAUCCUGAUCUACUCUUGAAGAAGAGCGCCGAAGGUGGACAGAACAUUCUCGUCUGCCAGAUCUGCGAUGAGCCGGCUGAAGAAGCGAUCCGAUCGCGCUGCCGGCAUGAAUUCUGCCGCUCUUGUGUUAAAAAUUACGUGCAGUCCGUCGAAGGCUCCGGCGGCACCGCUGACUGCCCACGCUGUCACAUCCCGCUCUCCAUCGACUUCGAUCAGCCGGACAUCGAGCAAGAUGAGGAAGUGGUCAAGAAGAACUCGAUCAUUAAUCGUAUCAAGAUGGAGAACUGGACCUCGUCCACCAAGAUCGAGAUGCUGGUGUACGACCUCUACAAGCUGCGCAGCAAGAAGCAGACCCUCAAGUCUAUCGUGUUCUCCCAGUUCACGUCGAUGCUCCAGCUCAUCGAGUGGCGCCUCCGUCGUGCAGGCUUCAACACAGUCAUGCUUGACGGCAGUAUGACUCCAGCCCAGCGCCAGAAGUCGAUCGAGUACUUCAUGAACAACCCCGACGUUGAGGUCUUCCUUGUCUCUCUGAAAGCGGGUGGCGUCGCGCUCAACCUUACCGAAGCCUCGAGGGUCUUCAUUGUCGACCCAUGGUGGAACCCAGCUGCAGAAUGGCAGUCUGCAGACCGCUGCCACCGCAUCGGCCAGAAGCGGCCCUGCGUCAUUACGCGCCUCUGCAUCGAAGACUCAGUCGAGAGCCGCAUGGUCAUGUUGCAAGAGAAGAAGGCGAGCAUGAUCAGCGGCACUAUCAACAACGACAAGGUCGCCAUGGACAAGCUGAGUCCGGAAGACUUGCAGUUCCUGUUCAGGGGAACUUAG